ACUAAAACCGACCUACAAUUAGAAUGUGCACUUAAAAAAAAUGAAUUUAAAAAUACCUUGUCAGGUAAAUGUAUUGAAACAGCUGUUCCCUCGAUACUGGACAAAACAAUUAAUUUGAGUAACAAUGGAUUAUGGCAUGGUAUGGAGGCCAGGUGAAUGUUUACCUGAGAGUACUAGGACAGCAAGUCUGAAGGUUGUUGGUGACAUCAUGCCUCCUCAGAGAACAAAUACACCUAUCAGUACUUAUGGAAGCAGUCCGGAUCCAGAUUAUGAAAAUGGAGAGAACAUUUUGGGAAGAUUACAAGAUAAUGGCUCAGUCACUCCAACACCACUGGUCAAUAUUAACUGUGAAUGUUUAAUCAAGCAUACUCUUACAAAGAAGCAGCAAGAUUUGUAUUCCAGUAAUCACUUCACUGAUUCAGACUCGGAUGAUGAAGAUACUAACGUACUUAUGCUAAUUAAGAUGCUAAAUGUACUACCAAGUCGUCUGCCAUCAAAAACUGCCUGUAAAGCUCUCAAUACUGUCCUGGAUAGUUAUGUUUGUAAAGAACCAGUAUCAAAGGAGCAAAUUAUGGAGAUUUGGAAUUUCCUGAAGCACAGUAACACAGCAAUGCGAGAGAUGUCCUUGAAGUUUUUCACCAAAUUAUGUGCAGUACAGACCAAUGCUUAUAUUUUGUUAGACCAAGGAAUAUUGGACUUUGUUAAAACAGUGUUGACAGUCCCACAGAGCCCAGUGUUCUCUCUAGCUAUACAAUUAAUACAGGCAAUUGUAUCACAGGAAGGACUAAAAGAUAAAUGGAUAGAGCCAGUUUCCUGUAAGUUUCUACCAUUGCUGUUAACCAAUCUGUCACAUGAUGGUGUCACCUUGGAGUUUAAGUACAGUAUUUGUUGUGUAUUCCGUGAGUUGGUUAAGUACAUAGAGUUCAUAGAGAUUACACAGUCACAGAUCAUUCCUGCUGUUUCCUAUAUCAAAGAUUGCAGUGGUAAACUAAGGGAAGUAUAUACAGAGAUUUUGACUGGCAUGUUAUUACACACAGACAUUCUACCACCUGAUGUUAUAGAUAGUGGUAUCGUACCUUCUACUGUCAGUAUGAUAAGAGAUGGACCAUGUGGAACCCAAGUACAGGCAUUGAAACUUCUAAGUGGCUUAACAGACACAGAAUCUGGUAUCCCAUCUGUUAUAGACAAUACCCAUGCUGUCCCUUAUAUUGUCUGCUGUAUAAAGGAAUCAAAAUGCAGAAAAGUUAAAAGAGAGGCCCUUCAAACAUUGUGUCAUCUGACAAAGUCAAGAAGACUUGGAUUGUGUAAAGAAUUUAUGGUUCAGACAGCAAGUUACCUUAAUCCAACAGACCAAAAUAGCUACACACAGCUGAUGGGAAGAAGUAGUUCUCCAGGAAAUAGGGUGAAUACUCCCACUAGAGGUAGACAUGUUGAGAAGGAUAGUGUGUUAUGGAAAGGUCUUCAUCGUCUUAUAAAGAUUGUAGGACACCUUAUAAUCAAAGAAAGUUUAGCUGAAACUGAUAAAUCAGGGAAAGUAACAACAGUUGGAUACAAACCUUGUAUCGACAUGUGCCCUGUCAGAGUUGUCUCCCUUACCAGAUGUGUUCUCUUUCUCCAGAAUGUUUGUCUAUGGCCUAGUGGGAAGAACAAACAAGACGUUAGCAACUUGGAUCUCAAAAACUUCACUGACUCUGACAAGCAGAGGUUAAAAUUAUCUAAAUUAAACCGAAGUCUUGCACAGAGAGUUUGGGAUACUGCUGGAACAACAAUUGUCAAACUGCUGGGAACAUUCAGUGAUAAAUUGAUGAAUGUUUUACAUAUAGCGAAACAAUGCAAAGACAACAAGGGCACUGUUUGUAUUGAACAUUCAGACAAUCAGGAAGCCAUCCUCAAAAUGGUUGACAAAAAAGGUUUGGUUGAUCUGUCCUGCAUAGUAGAUUCGGAAGAGUUAGAUCUGAUUAAAUCACUGUUAGAACUGUUGUUGUGCAUUUCAUUGUGUUCUUGUAAAGACUUUCCAGAUUUGACGCCAAAGAAAAAUAAAUCCCCACAUCACAUGACUAGUCAAGGUCGUUCCACAAAGUCAGAUUCAUCACUAGGACGACCUCCAUUACCAAAAAAGUUAACAAGGCCGUCUAGUGCCCAUCAUCACAGAUCAUUAUCACCUGUUAAAGAUGUCACAAGACAGUCAUGGGUGAAGGACAAUCCUUAUCUUACUAACACAUUAGACAGAGCCUCUAUUCCUCCUGAGAUUUGUCCUAAUAAAUCAGAUGUUGGCCAUUUCCAUACAGAGCUGCUGAAGAAAGAAGCAGCCACUGAGAGAAGACUUAUAAGAAAAUGUCUGUAUGAAGCUGAUACCAUUAGAAUAGUAGGGGCAUUCUUACAGUGUUCACAGAGUGAUCUCCAGGCUUUAUCAUGCCAGAUUUUACGGUGCUGUAUCCAGCCAUUAGAAGAGAAAGUAUAUCAACAGAUGUCAUCUUCUCCAUCUCCUUCACCUCCAAAGCUAAGGACAAGGCCACAAUCUGCAGUUGGGGCUCAUGGGGCUGAACAUAAGAUGAAAGUAGCUUUCCAUUACAUGUCUCCAGAGAUAGCUAAUCUAAUCAAAGGGGCUUUAGGACCAGAUUUUGGUGAGGUAGCAAUGGUCAAGGAGGAGGAGGUUAAGGUAGAGGAGACCCAUAUCACAGACAUAGAGGCUGUUGACAGACUCAAUUUGUAUAUGAAAUCAAAAGAACCAAUCAAAAUAGAAUCAAAACCUUCAUCUAGUCCUAAACCUGUCAUCAAUAUGUCUAGACCAAUAGCUAAUCAAUGUAGAGAGUGUCUGUUAAAAGAGGGAGGAUCUAGUCUUAUAAGUGGCAUUUUCUCUAAGUCCAAAGAUGUUAGAAAAUGUCAUGUUCUACUACUUCAAGAUCUUGUUCAUUUUGGAGAUGUUGAAAAUCACAUGACCUUGUCACAGUAUGGCUGCAUGCAAAGACUGCUAGAUUUUAUCAGAAUGAAUAAGGAUGAUGAAUUACUGGAAAUAAUAGGAUUAAUAAUUAUCCAGAUGUUGGUAUCAAGUGAUGAGAGAAUAAAACAAGUGUUCAACAGAUAUGGUGGUACAAGAUUGUUGACAACUAUGACCAGGCUGACUACAGGGUUACUUAGGGAGGAGGUUGCUAAGACUUUACACACUGUCUCACACUCAAAAGGUCAGACAAAGAAACCUAUCAGACCAAGUUCAGCACCAUUAAUCAGAACUACAGCUCACUCUGUGCCUGAUGUCUGGGAUGAUAUUCAGGAAAGAUGGCAGGUAGAAGACAAAGUCUGUGCAUUAUUAAAAAGCUGGAAAAAGUGAUUGGACACUGUGACUUUGAGUGUAUCAACAAUAGUAGUCAUAAAAGCAAUGUAAAACACAACAAAAAUUAAUUUUACAAAUUAAAAAAUGUUUAUUUUGAUGCUAUCUAUUGCUAAAAUACUGAAUAGAAACUUAUAUCACAUUAUUACUGUUUACAACUUUAAUUUGUAUAUGAACAAAGGAAAGUUCAGUGAAACUAAAUUUUUUAAAUGUGUUGCUCAAUUUUUAGCAGCUAUAUAUGUUUGUUUUGCUUAUGGUGAUUGUCCACAUUAUAUAGCUUUCAUAUUUUGAAAAUGCUUGUCAAAAUUUUAAAUAAUAAUCAAAAAUAAAGAUUUUUAUUGUGAUGUUUAAAUUUGAAUGUUAAUUUGAAUAUCGACAAGACUUACAAUUGCAACAAGCUGGUUCUUUUUAGUCAUUUUAAAAGGUAGUUUUGGGAACUUUCAUUUUUUACUUGUUGCAAGAAAACUAUUUUGGUGACAUCAUUUUUUCUUUUUAUUUUCUUAAAAUAUGUUAUAUAACCUAUCUUCUUGUAUUUAAUUUCAAAAUUCUGUCUCAUAGAUUUCUUUCUAUGCACAAAACUGUGAACAAUCUUAGCAAAUUUUAAGAUUUUCAAUGACUCGUUACUUUAAAAAUAGCAUGAUGACCCAUACUUUUUAUUAUUAUUUAAAAAAAAAAAGCAUAGUAAAAUUUUGGUAAAGUAUGAGAAAAUUCUGUCAAUUUGUUUUCCCAUACCCCUGAACUACCUUAAAGUGAUAAAUUCAAUAGUUGUACAUGUACAUUGGUAUAAAACAAUACUUCUUUUGUUCAACUUCAUAUAAUCUUAUGAGAAAAACUGUUUUUCCUUUUUUAUACACAACCAGUAAAACAAAUAAAUUUGAGAUUGAAAUGUUAGGAAUAUUUUUUACACCAAACUCAAAAAGCUUGCUGUUCUCAAGAUUUAUUAUAUUUAGAUAAUGAUAAAGUUUUAUUUAAAACUGCUUUCAUUAUUGCUGAUUAUCAAACUGUUUUCUGAUAAACAAAAGUAAACUUUAAGAUAAUGUGCCAAAUAUUUAGGAGGUCCAUAUGUUAAUAAGGAUAACCUUUUUUUGUCAGUAGACUCUCCUCUGAAAUAAUAGUAACAACAGAUUGACAAAUUUUAUAUUUUUGUAAUUUUUUUCUUAUGAUUGUUAUUUCUGUUUUUAUGUACAGUCUCAAGGGUCCAAUAUUAACCCUUUUAUAUAUUUAAAUGUGUGGUGCAAUAUUUUGAAAAUGCUUUAUAGUCGUUUUUGUAGCAUUAG